UAUGAAUAAGAUUAUAAGUGCGACAGCCCUGUUAAAUGAUGAAUUGGAAAGAAAAUUUUAUGAAAUGUUUAAAAUACCAAUUUUGCAAAAUUAUGGUCUUACUGAAACGUCUGCAAUCAGAAAUCAACCGAAUACAACAAAGAAUGCAGUUCCAGCUAAAAUAUUAUCAGAAAAUGGUCAAUUGUGGGUUCACGGUCCAAAUAUUUCAAAGGGUUAUCUUAAUAAUAAAGAAGCUACAGAUGCUAUCUUUGACAAAGAUGGAUUUAUUAACACAGGAGAUAUUGUAUCUAUCGAUGAACAGG